GUCACUUGGCUGGGGCAGGAGGAGGGUGCCAGCAGUCUCUUUUGGGCCAAAUCAAACAAUAUGCACCUGGGGACUAGGCCUACCAAGGCUGGUUUUAAAAGGUCCUUGCAGGCCUGGGGCCAGAACAGAAGGGUAUUUGGGCAGUUCCUGGGGUUUAGGUUCAAGUUUAGAGGGGCAUACUGGGCACCCUUUGGUUUACUUUCAGUCCUUUAAGAGGGAGCCCUAUAGGCUGUUCAGUGAUCAGCAUCUCCAAGCCUGGUGGCUACCCACUGGGGACAGUAGGAGGAAGGUGAAAUUGCUGGGAAGAGGUUAUACCCACAAGAAGUGCACCCAAGUCCAAAGUUUCUCUCCUUUCAGGGCACAGCCCCUCCUUCCCUAAACCUCCCUCACUGAGGCCCUCAGGCCCCGGGGUUCCAGCCAAGGGAAGGCCUGGGCCUGAGCAGGGCUGGCAGCUCUGGGCCCCAAACCGGUUUUCCCACCUACCCAGGGGCUGGCACAUCACUUCGAGGUUCUCUCCCAGCUCCGCCCCAACUUUGCCACCAAGUUCUUACUCUUUCCCCACUCUGGAAAGAGAACACCCAGGUCAUCUUUUGUCUCUUGCCUGUCCUGGGUGUGGUUACUUUUAGUAAGGUAAGGCCACUAUGCAUGACUUUAAAACAAGGCAGGGUGACUUCCAGUCUUAGCCUUGUGCACUUCUGGCAUUCUGGGAUCCCCUCCAGGCCUUAAACGCUCUGCAACUAAGACAACAAAAAGUAGUUGGAACUCCACUUGCCAUCAAACUCCCUUCUCUAUCUGGUCCUCUCUGAGCCCUGGAGGAGGAGACCAGAAAGCUGUAAGGAAGUAACCUACCCCUGGCCUGCUCUGAAGUGAGAAGGACAGCAGUGGCCUCUCCCCAGGUCUGGGCCACCCAGAUGGCUCACCUCAAGUUCCAACAAGGCAGUUUACUUGCAUUUGUCUUCUGCCAAAAGAACACCUCUUUGGCUGGAACUGAGAUCAUCUCAUUAAUAACAGUCAGCUGACAUUAACAGGCCCCUUACUGUGUGCCUGGCUCUGUGCUAAACUUUAGAUGCUCACAAAACCCCUGUGAGGAAGAUAAAACCAUGAGAAACAGGCAAAGGGGUCCGAUAAUGUGUCUAAAGCCACAGUGUUAGUCUGGUGGAGGCAAGCUUUCUCCCCAGGCUGACCCUAGAAGUACCCCUUUACUGCUACUCAGGACCUCUUUUACAAAAGUGAGACCCAUAAUCUUAACUCUCCUAAGGUAAUACUGUUUUGAAAUGAGACUGAAUACUGAAAUUAAUUUCUAAUCUAUGGAAAAGUUCUUUGGAGAGAGAUGCAGGAUGUGGAGGUGUCUGCUGUAAUUCUUGCUGCUUCUGUCCUGUGACCAACAUCCAUUCCCCCAGGCCCCAUACAAAUACAGGUCUUCUCUGAAUAUUAGCAUUUUCCCGUUUGUAAAGCUUUCCCAUUACCCCAUUGGGACAAGUAGGUUAGAACCAUUCCUAUUUCACAAAAGAAGAAAUAGAGCUAAGUAGUUAAGUGACUCGCCCCAAGGUACUGGCCUUGAACUGGGGUGUUCUCCCUGGGACUUUGGGUUACAUAUUAAAUGCUCCACCAAGACACUUCUGGAAAGGGGGAGUGGCAAAAGCCCCAUGAGCACAAGCUUUGCUGAGGGUACCAGGAAGGAAGCAUCAUCACACAGACUGUCACAGUCUACAUGGGUAGCAGAUCAUUUACAGUGGACCUUCAAUAAAGCUGGCAAACCUUGGGGUGUUACCUUAAUCCGUGACUGACAGCUAAAGGACCCAGACAGGGAUCCCAGCCAUGGGGAUGUUGCUUCAGUUCUGAGACCUGAUUUGCUUUGGCAUGUCGUGUAGUGGGUCAGUGGCUGGUCAGCAGGUAGCAUGAACACAGAAGUGAUGCUUUCGUAGUGAGUGGGGGGAGGACAUCUAACCACCUUUUUUCCAAAGCUGGGGCUUGAGAGCGUUUAGCGAGAAAAACUACAACUCCCAGAAUUCCCUGCUCCCAGGCGAGCCGGUGAGUGGUUGCUAUGGUUUCAGAAAACAAUAUGGCCGCUCCCAGCUGGGAUGCAAGUCGGAGUUGGGGAGACAGAGGCGGGUCUGGGCUCCUGCAGUAGCUAGAAAAGAAGCGCUUGAGGGAUCUUGAGGCUGACUCUGGACACUGUACGGUUGGAAAGGCUUAACCUUGCUUAGGGCGCCAAUGGAGAACAGUGUGGACGAGGAGGCGCUGCACCAGCUGUACCUGUGGGUGGACAACAUCCCUCUGUCUCGGCCCAAGCGAAACCUCUCACGGGACUUCAGUGAUGGAGUCCUGGUUGCAGAGGUCAUCAAGUUUUACUUCCCCAAGAUGGUGGAGAUGCACAAUUAUGUCCCUGCCAACUCUCUCCAGCAGAAGCUCAGCAACUGGAGUCAUCUCAACAGGAAGGUACUGAACAAGCUGAACUUCUCGGUACCAGAGGAUGUGAUGCGCAAAAUCGCUCAGUGCGCCCCGGGCGUAGUGGAGCUGGUGCUCAUUCCGCUGAGGCAGCGGCUGGAGGAGCGGCAGAAGCGCAGGAAGCAGGCUUCCGGCUCCUUACAGGAGUUGGCUCCCCAGGAUGGCAGUGGCUAUAUGGAUGUGGGUAAGGUGGCGUUUCUUUUUCUCCCUCCCGAGAGGAGCUUUCUGUCUGUCCUUCCUAUCGCUUGUGAGGAUGGGAGUUGGGGGUGGAGGGAGCACAGGAGAAUGGAACUCCAGCAGGGUCACCCCUCCAUUUGCCUUAUCUCAGGUUUAUCUCAGAAGGCCCGAGGCGAAGGUGCCCUGGACCCCCAGGGAGGGGGACAGCUCAGGGGGGGCCGGCCACCCGCACCCCGACCUCCUGCAUAUAGCCAGGCGCUGCAGGGCGACCCAAACUUCGUCCUCCAGAUCGCUGAAAAGGAGCAGGAGCUAUUGGCCUCGCAGGAGACGGUGCAGGUCUUGCAGAUGAAGGUAAGGCGCCUGGAACACCUGCUCCAGCUCAAGAACGUGCGCAUCGACGACCUCUCUCGCCGGCUCCAGCAGGCCGAGCGUAAGCAGCGGAGAAUGGACCGCUUUCCAGAACCCAGAAGCCACAUGCAGAGAGCUGGCGUGCCCCUCAAAGCAGUACCCAACACCCAGGGCCCGGCCUUGCACCUCCCAGCGCUGGGCCUUGGGGGGCGGUUCCCUGGCUUGGUCUGCGCCCCCAGAACCAGGUCCCCAGCCAGCUCCUCCGAUGACAGGGAUAUCUCUUCCCAGGCUAGUUCUCCAGGUCCUCAGUCAUGGGGGAAACUGCCCCCGGCAGCCGAGGGGCUCCCUUGCCCCUCUUGGGAGCUCACCUGCACCCCCAAUCCAGGCUGGAGACAGCAGCAGCUGGAGAGGAGGGGAUGAGGAGUGGGCUCAGCUAGGAGCAGGGAGGAUAUGGGCUGGGCCGGGACCAAUUGCCCUUCCUGCCCAUAAGGGUACUGUUGAGAGUGUUUGGAGUAUAUGAGACAGGGCUGUUCUCAUUAAAGGUACUAUUGUGUUCCCUUUCCUGUGCCUGACUUCUCUUUCUGCCUGGAUCCCUUAGAGCAAUGUGCUCCUGCUCCCUUGUCCUCCACUCCAUGCUCUUGGGUGAAAGAACUUGGUGGACCCAGAGUGAGUCUUACCUUGUGGGUGGCUAGGGUCUUGUAGCUACUGCAUGGUAGGGUGACAGUAUCACCAGGGUCAUGUUUUGUGCACUAUGACAGCCUAAUUUACACCUUUGGAUCAAACCCACUUUCAUGGUGUCCUCAACCUUAUCCAAACCCAAUCCAAACCUAGGCUUCAGCUUCUUUCCAACUGUGGCCACACACUCACCCUCAAUGCUGCCCAUGGACUGACUCCUAAGUUGGUUUUCUAUAUAACUUCCAACACUGUCCACAGAUUGAUCCUAAGUUCUGUGGACUGAGACCAAGCUUUCCUCCCAUCCCUGACCAAGACCAUGAUGGCCUUGGUGUGAUCCUAACACUCUGAUGGUUUCCUGACUACUGAUAAUUUUGAACAUUUGUAAAUCCUGAGAUCCAGCAAUUCCAUUUCUAAGGGUGUAUUCAACAUAUACCCAGGGGAAGCUUAAGUUCCUGUGUUUUGUUUUC